GGCUCAAAACCUCCCUGUUUCGAUUACUUGAGAAACGAACUGUAGCCGAAUGCCAUCUUCUUCACUAUCACACCUGUGCUUCGGUUUCCAUCUGAUAGGGUUGUUUUCCUCAGUUGAAACGAAGCGUCAGGGUGUAGCUUCAAGCUGAGUAAUUUGGUCGUUGGGUAAUAUCCUUCGAGAAUUCUUCGAGGGAAUACGUUGUGAGUUGUCUGUUAUGUGCAAAAUUCGCUUUGCUUGCGUCGGUGGGUUUCAGGAGUUUGCGGAGUCUGCGGGAUUUUCCGAGGCUCAACUUGAGACGCACGGAGUGCGGGUAUGUGAGGAGGUCGGGAGGGGAGAAUUGCCUCGUGAGAGUUCAGUUGUCCAUGGCCUGGUGGCUGUGAGGAGGAGAGGAGCGUGAGAAGAGUUUAGUUAGCUGGGAACCGGGUGUGAGAUUUGUGCGCGGAAGGGGGUGAAGAUGUCAUUCCAUGGAGGCACGGGACAUAAGUCGCCUUUCGCAGAGCGUGCGAAGGCGACGAAAUCGCACUUGUCUCCGAGACGUUGUAGUACGGCUGCUGGAGCUGGUAAUGUUAGACCGGCUGCACAACAAUCGCUUUUUGGGGGACAGCUAAGGAGUACGCAGUCACAGUCCGAAGUGAAGGAGCCUACUACUCCGACCAAAGCAUCAGAGGGGAGUGCCACGAAAGGAACUCGCCGGGAUGAGUUUUCAUCUUUCAACGGUAGGAGAGUGGGUACUCCUAUCAAGACGCCUAGAACAGCGUUCGGUUCGAUUCCACCUCGGAGUCCCAAGCGUCCUUACGUCGGCUCGCCAAAAUAUCAGAAAGUGCUUCUAGAGCGGCCAGCGUUCUACAACUCUCCGGCUACGGUGGUGUCUACGACAGACUCUGGCAGAAAAGAAGUGUCGAUCUCUGAACUGCAGAAACGUUUGAAGAGAUUUCUUCAGGAUGAAAAUAUUCCUGCCCACAUCCCGCUCGAAGUCACUCGCGCGGAGCACUUUGACGAAGUUCCUUUCAACAUCAGUCGAUCACCGCGGGUGAACCCCCUCUUCUAUCAUGACAACAGUGUGAUUCAAGUUGCGAAAGGUGGGGUUGCGUUCACAGCAGGGGAGAAUCCUAGCACGCACAGUCCCAGUCCAAGUGUGCAUAGUCCUGUAUUUGAAUCUCUGAAGGAAACCGAUGAAUCAAGCUCUGGAAUGCAUUUUACCAGGGGUGGAGUUGCAUUUACUGCCGGUGUAACUGUUGACACCUGCAUGCACACACCAGUUGCCCUCUUCAAUGACGAAAGGGUGCAAGAAAACAAAGGUGAGAAAGAGGGAGAUCUGGGAAGAGCGGAGGUGGCGGCUUCCUGCGAGGCAGAUUCCCUCCCUGAGUGUCCUCCGGAAGAGGAGUGUUCUUGUGCUGAUGAAUCGAUCAACCCUCCCGAAUCCACAGAGUCUGCGAAGGAUCUCAGUACGGAGGACUUCCCCGUCUACUCGGAGACUGAUGUCGGAAAUCAAGUGGAAGAGUCUGGCCAAGAGGAUGUGUUCCAGGGUCACCACGAGUCUGUGGAAACUGUGGCACUCGAAGUCAGCCAUCCCAAUCCUGAGAAGUGCAUUGAGGUGGAGCAGCAGUGCGAUGCAAGCGCCAACGUCAUCAUGUUCGACGGGUUAGAUAGCAAGCCCCUUGAGGAGGCAGUCGAGGUGACCACCACUAUCGAAGAUGCCAAGGAAAUAGUUGAGUCUACCCCUUUGAUCCAGGAAGCUACCUGUGGCAGCAAACCACCUGUAGCAGCAUCAGAACACAAAUCACCUGUGGCAGCAAUGGUGCACCACUGUUCUGCGAAGGUAGAAUUUAUCUACGAUGAAGAAGAGGAAGCACAGGCUGUUGCCUCGGAGUCUUGGUAUGAGAGGUUGAUAAGAUUUGUUGUCCUUGCCGUCAUGGUGACUUGUGUGAUGGGCUUUAUGGCCCUUGUCUCUGGCAGUCAAGGUCUUAUCCCAGAGGCCUUCCGUGUCAAGUCUGCGGUUACUCCUUUCAGCAAUUCCCCUGUGAGAACGUCAAUUAUACCUGUAUCCAUCGGCUUCUUGGGAAUGGGGAAAGAUCAUGAGAAAAUUCCCUGCGAUCCUGGGGUGCACUUUGGAUUGAAGUUUCUCUCGAUCUCCUUCAAGCCUGAUGUGAUUCAACCUGAAGGCCACGCGUUUCGGCACACUAGUUUUGGGUACGAUUCCGCCCAGGAUGCUGAACUUCCCGUACACGACGUGGAAGAUUUGGAUCAGUUAAAGAGCGUCACCGAACACUAUAAGGAAUUACAAGGGAAACUUCUGUUAGACGUUGCUAGUCUGACGAGCGAGUCCGCACCAUCUGGCACCUCUGAUACCGUGAUUAAAGACGGUAGGACAUUUCACGAUACAGAGGGCGUCGCAGAGCCCGAAGACAAUGAAGUCAUCUUGGAGUUAAUGCCUAGUGAGGGUGCGACGGAUUUGGUAACUGCCGAGAGCUUGUCAGAGCUAAAUGUCCAGCCGGACGAUCCAGAGUCUGCGGAGGACGUUGUCGAAGAACGGGGAUUGGAGGCUGUUCCUCUUUCUGACGAACUUGGCUCUGGAUUGGCUGACUACUCGUUGACGAGUGAAAACCUUGAAAGCAGCCGAAGCAUCCUUGCCACAAAUUUAGAAGUCGAAGCUCUGCAAUUGGAAUCUAAUGCCGAGUUGGAUGUACUGGUCGACGCUCAGAACGUGUUGCCUUCCGAUGACACUGAUUCUGCCGAUUCUACGGAGCAAGUGUGUGAUGUUUCUAUGGAACCAGUAGAACUUGAUUCUAAUUUGGAGGAAGUCACUCCGUCUGUGGAAAAGAUAUCAACGCUAGAGGUGUCAGGAACAUACACCUCUCCCGUCAUAGUAGAGGAUCUCGUGCCCCAUGUCCUCGAGGACAUAUCAACAGACCAACUUUCUGUUGAAUCACCUUGGCAAGGAACUGAGGAUGUCGUCAGCAUGGGCUACCCUGCCGAAGAACAUGGUGUUGUGAAAGAUUCUGAAGACAUUGAGUCUUUUGUGGACGAGGGGCCCACCCUAUCACAGAGCUUGAUGGAGGAAGUUCAUUCGAGUAUUGGACCUACUCAAUCCUCUGAAGCUGUCUGCGACGCUCCUGGGAGUACCACGAUCGUCCCUGAGGUGGAUAUUCAUGAGGAAGCUGACCUUCACACCACAACCAUUGGCUUUCUUGUGGCGGCUCUAGCUUUUACAAUGCUCUUCGCCAUAAAAUCACGCAAGAGUCCGCCAGCCACGGGUGUCACUCCUGUUACUCAAGCUGAAGCUUUCACUGCCAUAGCAGCUGAUAAAAAAUUGUUUCCUUCCACAACAUCCGCCUUCAAGCCUGAAAGUAAGCCUGUUACUCGACCUACACGAUCGGUCUAUGACUCCUACAUUCCUGCCAGCGAGGAGUUGGAUGCCAUUACAUCACCACUGAAAAGCAUCCGGACACCCAGGUACAUUGGCAUGGAAGGCUUCUCUGCAAAAUACGGGGCGGCUCAACCUGCCACUAGUUCCCCGAACUUCUACCAACCGUCAGCGAAAGUUGACAAGCUUCAGCAGAAGCCUACCACGACAUGGCACCCUGCAAUAAACAGUGGUAACAUGAUGUCCAGCUCGUACCGCCAGACGGCGUCAUAUGUUCCGACGUUACCCUCCGAGUCGGGUAUUUCCACAUCUACAAGGGGUGAGAGCGAGAUGAACUCUGUGGCAGAAAGUGCCCUUAGCAUGGGAGCUGAAGAAUGGGAACAUCUGGGAAGCUAUACCACCACUGAACUCAUUUCCCUAAACGACGGUAGAGAAGAGCUCAAGAAACGUACUCCAGUGCGAAGAUCGCAACGUAUUCGCAACAAAGUGUCACCGCUUCCCGUAAGGUUCACAUAGGUUUUCUGUGCAGAUCUACGCAGGUUAACGGAUUUUCCGCCCUAAUCUUCACUUCGAAGGUACAGGAUGGUUCUGAUCAUCUGAAGUCCAGUAUGAGGUCAAGCUACGUUAUCCACAUUUCUUAACAUCAGAUCUUCGAUCGAAGACCUGAUGCUGAUGGAUUGUGAUAGAGCUGACUUGGUGCAGAUCCUCCCGUAGGAUUCUUUGCAUAGACGAGCACGGGGAAUGGGACUGCUAUAUUCACUUCGCAUUUGAAGCGAAGCGCGAUGAAGUUAAGUGAUGGCAUCGCAGUAGAGGUGUACUCUCUGUACAGUAUUCUAAAAGUAUGCGGUGGAUUUAGACAUGUCUAGUGCGAACGCUCAACCUCUGAGUGAACGUUGCAAUUUACUGUUAUUAAGGCAUUUAGGAAGAUUGCAAUUACAAUAUCUGUCUCCGCCACUGUAUACCACUACAACUUAUGAACACUUUACAGAAUAUAAAGUGUACUUUUAGCUAAAACCUUUAUAACUUCGAUUGGAUGAAAGACAGUUGGAUUUGAAA